AGCGUUUGUUUUGCUGUGCAGCAUUCGGCCAUCGCUUCGCUCUCAGCGCGUUGUAUUGCGCGUUUCCACUCUGAAUUUAUUUUAUCGGAACAUCGGUCGAUUUGACUGAAGAAAAAACGUAUUUGAAUUGCACCGAUUAUUAAAACUCAUCCUAGAUGUGAUGGAACCACAUGCGGGAAUGGACAGCUUAAUUAAUGACGACACAGAGGACACAGAAACAAAAGAUGAAGAUGCAAGUCAGCCUUCUGAAGAAAAUGCGUCUCAAACACCAACUACAUCUCAUGAGCAAACACAGAGAAUGAGAUUUACUAAACCCAAAAAAGAACAACUCUGGAAAUGGACAGAGGUGCUCGAACGAGCUGACGAAGGUCGCCAGAUUUUAAAAACAGUUGACAACAGAGAUGAAAAGAGCAUGUAUGGAGAGUUCAUCGGCUAUGAAAUGAGAAAAUUCCCCCUGGCAACACAAACAUAUGUGAAGCACAUCCUUGCAAAUGUGCUAUUCAAAGCAGCGUUGGGAGAGUAUGAGAAUCGAACUCCCAGCAUCACAUUACUACCAUUUAUUGUAUCGGAGAACAGUGCAGAAAUUAGUGGUUCAGAAGCUAACUGCGAAAUUAUAUAUGUUGACAAUGAUAUUGGUGAGAAUAAAGAAUUUCCUGAAAUAUCAGGUACAUCAGAAGAGCUCCAUCAAUUUUUGCAAUUUGAACAGUAUCUUAUGUAA